AUGGUGCUGCUGGAGAGUGAGCAGUUCCUGACAGAGCUGACCAGCCUCUUCCAGAAGUGCCAGUUGUCGGGCAGCGUGUUCAUCACCCUGAAGCAGUAUGAUGGUCGAACUAAACCCAUUCCAAGGAAGGGUUCUGUGGAGGGCUUUGAGCCCUCAGACAACAAGUGUCUGUUAAGAGCUAACGAUGGGAAAAAGAAGAUCAGCACUGUGGUGAGCUCCAAAGAAGUGAAUAAGUUUCAGAUGGCUUAUUCAAACCUAUUGAGAGCUAACAUGGAUGGGCUGAAGAAGAGGGACAAAAAGAGCAAGAGUAAGAAGAGCAAAGCAGCGCAGUGAAGGGCACCAGAUUUCCCGCUUUCACCAGCUAACCACUGAAUUGCUAUUUUUCCUUUGGUUUUUACUUUUGGACACAAAGCUGGGUUUCUGAUUCCCCUACAGUAACUGUUUUCAUGUGAGAUUAGGGUCAUUUUUGGAUGGAAGAAGGGCUGUAGUGUUUA